GGGGCCGCGACUGGAGCUGGUGAGAGGUGGUGGUAGCAGUAGGUUGUGAGCCUCGGGGUGGGCAGCCCGGCUGGGACACUUCUCGUCCCCGCUCCCAGCGACCGCGCCGGGCUCCCCCCCUCCCCGCUGUCCCCAAGAUGCUGUUUUGGCACACGCAGCCGGAGCACUACAACCAGCACUCGACCGGCAGCUAUCUGCGAGAUGUCCUUGCGCUGCCGAUCUUCAAGCAGGAGGAACCACAGCUGUCUCCCGAGAAUGAAGCCAAACUGCCUCCCUUUCAGUACGUCCUCUGCACAGCCACAUCCCCUGCUGUGAAGCUGCACGAAGAAACCCUGACCUACCUCAACCAAGGUCAGUCUUAUGAAAUCCGUCUACUUGAGAAUAGGAAAUUGGGAGAGUUUCAAGAUUUAAACACAAAAUAUGUAAAGAGUAUAAUUCGUGUCGUUUUCCAUGACCGACGCCUGCAAUACACAGAGCAUCAGCAGCUGGAGGGCUGGAGGUGGAGUCGGCCUGGGGACCGCAUCCUUGAUAUAGAUAUUCCGCUGUCAGUUGGAAUCUUGGAUCCCAGGGCCAGCCCCACGCAGUUGAACACUGUUGAAUUUCUGUGGGAUCCAUCCAAGAGAGCCUCAGCAUUCAUUCAGGUGCAUUGUAUCAGCACAGAAUUUACUCCACGGAAACAUGGAGGAGAGAAAGGGGUGCCUUUCCGGGUGCAAAUUGACACUUUUAAGCAGAAUGAAAAUGGUGAAUACACAGAACAUUUGCAUUCUGCCAGCUGCCAGAUCAAGGUGUUCAAGCCUAAAGGAGCAGACAGAAAACAGAAGACUGACAGGGAAAAAAUGGAGAAGAAGACCACCCAAGAAAAGGAGAAGUAUCAGCCUUCCUAUGAGACAACUAUUCUCACAGAGUGCUCUCCUUGGCCAGAUCUGCCUUAUCAAAUGAACAGUGCUCCAUCUCCAAGCUACAACAGUUCUCCAAACAGCUUCAACCUUGGAGAUGGCAACAGUUCUCCAACCCACCAAGUGGAGCUCCUGCCUCCCAGCAAUGAUCAUCUCCUUCCUUCUGCUUCUAUUCAAGAUGCCCAGCAGUGGCUUCAUCGUAAUAGGUUCUCUCCAUUCUGUAGACUCUUCUCAAGUUUUUCGGGUGCUGACUUACUGAAGAUGUCCAAAGAAGAUUUUGUUCAAAUCUGUGGGCCUGCUGAUGGAAUUCGGCUGUUUAAUGCCAUCAAAGGAAGAAAUGUAAGGCCCAAGAUGACAAUUUAUGUCUGUCAAGAACCAGAGCAAAACAGAUCCCAUCUCCACCAAAAACGAGAGAAUGGAGAUGGCAGUCUUUGUGUAUAUCAUGCAAUCUUCUUGGAAGAGCUGACCACCUUGGAAUUAAUGGAGAAGAUUGCAAACUUGUACAGCAUUUCUCCACAGCAGAUAAAUCGAAUCUAUCGUCAGGGACCCACAGGGAUCCAUGUAUUAGUGAGCAAUGAGAUGGUGCAAAACUUCCAGGAUGAAUCUUGUUUCGUUAUCAGCACAUUAAAAGCUGAAAGCAAUGAUGGCUACCACAUCAUUUUAAAAUGACCCUGCUGCACAGAAAGACUUUGACAGCCUAAAAUUUAGUGCCUCACUGAGAUUGCUACAACCUAGACUGGAAACAUGAAGAACCUUCUGGAUAAAAUGCUCCUAUGAACUAAGAAUUACCAAACAGCUUAAGGAAAACCUUACUUUUGCAGAUAUUCUUUUUUUCUUUUUUUUUUUUUUCUUUGUUUUGAACCUGAAGUUGAGAACACUCUCAAAGCUUGUACAUGUUUCUUCCUCCCUCCCUUCCUCUACGGUCCUAAAAACUGAGGUUUCUGCAUAUUGCUUAGAAACAUCUGCCUUGUACUAAAGGGAAAGAUAAACAAAAAAACAUUCUCUAGACCCCUCGUGGUUGGGUGAAUUGAUUUAUUUACAGUUCUGAAUGUGGCUUGUUUUUGUUUUGUUUUUAUUUUGUCUUUCACCACACACCCCAUUGCAGAUGAGCAUAGGCUCCCUGGAGAUCCUCUUUUACUCUUUGAGGUGGAAGGCUUGGGGCUUAAUCCUGCAUCAGACUGAGCAGUGCAGAGAAUAGAAUUGAUUCCCAGUCCCUACUCAGAGUGUCAAUCCUGGAAGCUUGCAAUUAGCUGCUUUCCACCUGUAGAUAUGCUUAAAGUCCAGAGACCUUGGUCUGGCCUGAUAGAGCUUCUUUAACACCCAUCCAACAGAACAGCUUUGCGGGGUUCGACGGGGAAUAUAUAACCUGAGGCGAGCAGUUCAGUACUGUAUUCUAUCUUGAGCUUUAAAAUAGACUCCUUGAAUUGAGUGUAUGAGGAUUUACCAAGGAAAUGUUUUGAAUGUUGAAAGCUACAGAGCUGUUGACAAAUUCAUACCAUGGUUUAUUCCACGCUACAAAACAUUAAUUAACUGCUAUCUUUAACUGUAACUGGGAUUAGAUUUUUUGAUCCUAGUGAGUAGUUAGGAGGAGAAAAUUAGUACAGUAUGUAAAACAGUGUUUAGAUUGAGUGUGGGUAAUGGAUCAUCUUAGUUGCUGCUUCUUGUAUUCUUGUUUUUUCACUCGUCUCCUGUUUCAAAUAUUCUCAACUAUUCUCAACCCCACCCUCUCGUGGUCUUUUGGGAAACCAUCCAGGCUCCAUGUAGCUAAAAAAAGUGGCUUCCACUGAUGUCCAAAGGCAAACUGAAUCACACCCUUCUUGCAUGGAGGGAGUCUUUUGGUUUUUUGGCUGGCAAUUAAUAAGCUGUCUCCCAAACCAAAUGGCCAUCUAGCAUCAAACUGAUCCACUUGAAUCUUUCAUUUCACCUGGGUUGCAAGCUGAAAUACCAAAAACUUUCCUGGCAUGGAAUUUUUUUUAUUUUUUAUUUUUUUUUAUUGAGAAAUAAUCAGUUGAAAAACGCUAAAUAAAAUGUUCUAGCGUUUUGAAAUGGAAAUAUUUAAUUAAAUCCAUUUGACCCUUAAUGCAGCAUGGGUUUCAGCUACUGUUGCAGACCUCAGAAAUUACCAUUCAAGUGCCUUGAGCGCCAUGUCUCCCUUGGGGUUGAGCUCUUUGGCUGGAUGUCAGAUCCCAUGAUGUGCUUACUGCGGGUUCAUCAAAGGGAGAAUGCGUCACGAAGGCUGGAGGGGUGCCCGGGAGCUCAGCCUUCUGGGAGAGAGGGGGACGAGCAGCCUGUGAAUUACAGCUCCCAGCUGACACUGGAGGAAUUCGAACAGACACGGAUGGAUAUUUUUUUCUGACAGAAUUCAAAUUUUCCCUACAGAAAUAAAGAGCAAAAUACUGAGAAGAGCAACAGUUUUUUUUCAUUAAAAACAUCAAGUUUUGUGCAAAAACAACCACCCAUCCCUACCAGUUUCUUUACACCAAAAAUAAUACUAGAAUAGAAAACUAUGUUACAAUGGGAAAAGCUUCAGCCAACUUCCCUAAUUGCAUGCUUAGGCACGAUCUUGCACAACUGGCUGUCCCGAUGCUCCAUGAAUUGUAGCAUUUAUCUGAAGUGACUCUCAGGCUUUGGGACAUGGCAAUUCCGCCCCUUGAAGUAUGUAAAGGAAGUUGAGGCUGCUUUGUUAAGGACCAGGCAGUGUAGGUGAGGAGAUUGCAAGUGGGUUCAUGGAGUGAGGUGUGGCCAAACAGUGGCUGGGGGAGUCUUUGGGGGAAGAAAUGCCCUUUCAGAAGCUGGAAAACAUCAUCUUUCUGAGAGAAAGCUGAGGCCACGUGAAACUUGACCCUUGCGUUGAAGUGAAACUGCAGCUGCAGGGGAGCCCAUGUGUGACCAAAACUUUUAUUUCUGAUGAAACACUGGAACAGGCUUCUUAGAGAGGUGGUUGUUUCCCUAUCCCUGUGAAUGGACGUUUGGACAAUACCCUCAAUAACACACUUUAGCUUUUGACUAGCCUGCAGUGGGCAAGCAGUUGGAUUAGGUGAUCUUCGAAGGUCCUUUUCAAGUCUACUCCUUCUGUCUUUCUUCUGUUCCUUUCUGUCUUCUCACCCUGAUUGGGCAGUUCUUGCUGGCCUUUGUGUCACUUAAGCAGGCAGGAGUUUUGUCCCAAGGUGAGCCACAGUGGAAGGUGGACCCCUUCCCUCUCAGCUACCCUCCCAGCUCAAAACUCCCCUAAAGAGGGAGGGCAGUUUUGUUUCUUCCUGUAUGCACUUGCUGCCAAGUGAUGUAGGUUCUGCAGAGCUACAUCUGUGUUUCCUUCAUCUAUCCCUUUUCUGUCACUGCUCUGAGGAAAGUACAUAAAUGAUAGAAGUUGUGGUUAUUGACUGGACUAAAUGAUGUUGUGGAUGUUCCUUAUUCUGUCACCAGGUGCUGCAGCCUGCUCUGCAUGCCACGACAUACAUGCCAUUGUGUACCAGGGCUGUUGCCUCGUUUCUUUUCUGGAAGAUGCUUCAGAAGAUUGGCUAUGUUUUUUCAUGCUUUCUUGUAAUAUUGGCCCAGUACUGUAUAUCUGGCAUAGCUGCUUGUGUAUACAACUCAGAGAGGUGAAUCUGACCUGAUGAGAGUGAUUUAAAAGGCUCGUUGGAGUUGGUAGGAAGAGUGUAGUCAGUAGCUGAUUCACUUGCACAUGAUGGCCCUGAAAUUCUGGGGACAUGGCAAUACUGAAACACAGCAGUGCAAAGGAAGGACAGAGACAGCGUUUCUCUCAAAGUUAGGAACUAAGGACUGUUCACUUAUGUUUGAAGAGUAUAACUUGUUCUUAGUUAUUUUAGAAACAAGUCUUGCUACAAGGAAGUAUAUGCAGAAGUCCUAAUGCUAUUUCAGUAGCACUUGAUUAAUUCUGAAUGCAAAUAACUCUGUUAGGGCGUCGUUACAUUUAGAUUCUUUAAAUCAAAUAAUUUUAUACUGAUGUAAGGACAAAUUUGACAAUGUAUCUUCUUGUCCUUUCCACACUGUAAGAAGGUAUUCCAGAGUAAACAAUUACAUAGAAUAGGAAUACUGUCUUACUAGGUGGGCUCUACUGUUUUUAUCUAUGUUAGCUUAUUUGUUAAGCUGUGUAACUAAUGUGUAUGUAAGGCUUAUGCUUACUUGACAGAGUUGAACCUAGUCCUUGCUGAGCUUUUGUCCCAACAGAAACUUGGAGGCUUGUAUUCCUGUAGCAUACACACCGAUAAAGGUCUAGACACCACUAGCUCGGUCAUUUAGAAGAAUGACAAGUUAUUUCUACUUGUUGCAUCUCGGGGUGUUAAGAAAACCUUCUCUUCAAGAAUAAAAGAAGCACAAAUAAUUAAUCUGGGCUAAAUGUCUAAAUUCGACAUAGUCUAAAGGUAUGGGAGAUAAGUUGCUUUCCCUGCGACUAAUGGGGUUUUGCAUUUACACUGCUUUUAAGUGCAGUCUUUUUUAUUUUUUUUCAGCCCCUAAUUCUUUGUUCAAAAGUAGGAAUUGAAACCUCCCGCUCAAAGUAAUUUAAGUGAGACUUUUUUAGCUCAGGAGACGCUUAUCAGCUCUGGGUGGUACAAGUUUUAACAAGUAGUGUGAUGUCCCAGCCUGUCCAUUUCUCAGUGGGCUCUCCUUUAACAUAAGCCUAUGAGUAAAAGUGGGCCUGCUGGGGAUGAAAGGAUAGAAGAAUAGCUGAAUUGAAUAAAAUAUAAAAAAUAAUUCAAUUUAGAAAAUACUGAAGUUUCAUCAGCUUGGUGUGAGAUGUACUGAACUGAACUUUCAGGAUUUGCAGGUGGUAAAAAGAUCCUUGCAGUUGAGAUGUUCUGAACGGCACUCUCCUUAUAGUGUAACAUAUACAUAUUUAUGCAUAUAGACAUAUACACAUACAUGCUGUAUUGUUUCACACAUAUCUGUCCUGAGUACUUGUGUCCUUUAAGUGGUACUCUACUUUGUUUAACUGCAGUUCAAUGUAAAGAGCUCUCGUUGAUCAAGCUUCGAAGUCCAGUCAUUUUUGGGUAGAAAAAGUCUACAAUAGAAGCUCUGGGUGAUUUGGGCGUGGAACACUUGGAGUUAUGUAAAUUUUAUGAAUUUCUGCAAUAUAAAUUCCAAGCCUUGGUGAAGAUGAGUACGUUCUUGAGCUAACACUGCAGCUUUAUAUUACAGCUUCUGAAAAUUAGUUAAGGAUAAAUUGUUGGCCCAAUGCUUUUAAGUUAGUAAGAGUUACUCCCUAAGCAGAACAGCUGUACAGUGACUUUCCUACCUUGACGUUAUAUUGCUUAAGCAUUGGCUGUAUUUCUAGCAACUGCCUGGUGGAUGACUGGGACAGUUCUUUUUGUCUCUGUUCUCGUUUUUUGACUGUUCUCAGAAAAAUAGUUGUAUUCAGACUGUGGCUUGCCUUUCUCCUUCAGUUAUGAAAUGGUUUUACCCUAUGCUAGUAGUGCACAUAUUUUCUUAAGAUUAUAACCUGCUUGACAGCACAGGGUACUGCUCCAAGUGGGGAGUGUGCAUUUGGUGUCAAUCAUUGCUCCUGUGGGUGAAUGUCAGAAGGCAGACUGGAGAUGUAUUUCAGUAUCUUUGCCUUUGUUUAAAAAUAGGUUAAGCUGGUACCUAAUUUUCUGUGCAUUUCUGAUUUGUACCUUUUUUUUUUUUUCUUUGCUAUUCCUCAAAAUACUUCUGCUCUGUGUGGGGAGAGCAGGUAAGCAGCCGGUGUGCCUAUUUUUUUUCUUUAAGUAGCCUGCUGUUUUCCCAGUUUGCUUGGGGCAAGUGUUUGUCUUUCAUAGGGCUAUGGGAGUUACUUCUUGUCACUGACAAUGCAGCCAUUGGAGAUGGGCGAUGCUGACCCCAAAGUUGGCGUGAUGGGUGAGGGCAAAUAGAGGAGGAUGGGUUGGAGGCUGAGGCGUACCAGUUGUGAGUAAAUACUGCCACACUUUUUGUCUUAUAGUUUGUUUGGUUUUUUUGUACAUGAAUUAAAAAAAAAAAAAGCAUAUUUUGCACUGGCUAUUGUACUGUUGUGCAGAAGAAA